UCAAUUUUCGUUUCUGGGACGAAGAUGAAUACACGAGGCACGACACGGAAUCCCGGCGUGGGAGCAUCGACAACUUGUCCGACGGGAUUUUGACAGAUAUCUUCCCGGACAUGGCAUUCUUUGAGGGGCAACCGGAAAUUGCUGACAGCACAUUGCACGACACUCACUCCUGGCGUGUGAAAAUCGACGACUUGCCCGACGAGGUUUUAAUAAAGAUAUUCUCGUACGUGUCGUUCGGUGAGCUGGUAGAUGUGGUACCGAAAGUGUGCCUGCGUUGGAGAAGGCUGUCACAAGAUUUGGAGUUGUGGGCUGACAAGGAAUACCAAAUCAGGCGCUACUGCGGUUACGACACUGACACCUAUAACGGCGGCAAGACCGAUGAAGGGGCGAUACAGACUUUCUGCGAUGCCCCGAACCUCGGCAAAGUACGCAUGUUGCGUCCCGUCAGAUCCUGUGUCAUCCGCGCGCUCUACAGCAGAUGCCACAGACUGUCCGAGCUGCACAUGGGUACCAAACAGCAGCUCAGCUAUUCGGUUCUGAAGAACUUGGUCGAGAAGUGCUCCAGGAUACACACGCUGACCCUGUCCAAUCUAAUACUGAAGUCCAAGGAACAUUGGGAGGCAGUGUCACGUCUAGAGCACCUCCGCGUACUGGUUCUGAAAGUAUACUACGCGGGGGGCACUCCUGUGCUGCGACCUUUGGGCGACGGAUGCCCGAGGCUGGCCGAGGUCGACUUCGGAUACGCGACUCUCAAUACGGAUGACCUGAGGCACUUCCUCGAUGGCAAGAGGAACACUCUAAAGUCUGUAUGCAUAAAGUGGUUGAUGGAUGGAAGAAGAUAUGUCCUGCCACUGCUGACAGUCUGCGCCAACUGCUUGGAACGGCUGCAACUUUACGAGUUUGACACAGUCCGCGACGAGGCGAGCGAGGCAUUUACUGCACUGGGAAACCUGAAGAACUUGCGGGAACUCAAGAUGCAGAUCAUUGACCCUCUACCACCUGGUGUAGGUCAUCUGGCAUUUGAGACUGGUCUACCAAAAUUGAGGCUGCUGGAUCUAGAAUUUUCAUACGGCUUGGACGACGACACAGUAAUUGCCAUCAGCCGUGGGUGCCCUGUUUUAAGGGAACUCAAUAUCAGAGGAGCUGAUAAACUGUCUGAUGCAGCCUUCUCUCAGGUCUACCGCCUUAAACAUCUUGAAAUACUGAAUGUGUCAGCUUGCAAAGGUCUCGGCGGAGCCCUGAUCCCCUGCCUCGCCAGGCUACCACGACUUCACACGUUGAUCGUGGAAGAAUUUGAGUUUCCAGAGCUGCAGCCAGGUCUGGACAGUAUCCUCGAACUAUCCGGUGUGCGCAGCCUGACACUCGACAGUUCCCUUAUUACUGGAGUGCCAUUUGAUAGGUUUCCGGGAAAGCUUGUCAGCCUCAGGUUGUUGAGUGUCGAGCAUUGCAGAGGCGACCCUACAGCCACAGACGGGCUGGUCGAGCAGAUGCCCGAACUCGAACUCCGCGGCUUCAUCAAGGAACCGGAUGCAGACGACGAGGAUCACGAGAGUGAUGCGGAAGGUGCGGACUGAAGUGUGGGAUGACAGUUCGGGGAGUGGUGAUGAGUGAUGGUCAUAGUAACAGUGAUACUGAGAGUGAUAAUAUUUUUUGAAGUGAUAGCAAUAUAGUUAUUAUCUUCCUAGGGGACGUACGAAAGUGACGUGCCCACCUCUGUAGCAGAGUGGUCGGCAUCACCUAAUGCUGUGCUAGGGGUCCGGGUUUGAUUCCCGGUCGCUUUGGAAGUUUUCUACGAUCGGGGACUGAGUCUCACGCCACCUUCACUGUCGUCAACACGUGAGUUACCGAAGUGGUGUAAAAUAAAAAGAUCUGCACACGACAGACGAAAUCGAUGAAAGGGCACACACUGCCAAAAUAUUCUGUACGCACAAUUCAUUUCGUAAAAGUGAUUUGAUGUUUAUAGGGAAUAAUGAUUCACAAUAUUGGUUGCAUCUAAGCUGUAACUGUGUAACUGGGCCAAAAUUUCAUACUUCACAGAAGUAGUUAUUGGCCCUUGCUUUAGGGAGGUCUACCAAAUGCUGUCUAAUGCUGUGAAACCAAAGAUAGUUAUUUAUUUUUGUAACAUUGUUUAUUUGUUGGAUUUUCUGUAAUACCAUGUUAACAGGGGCAGAAAGUAUUUUGAAGUAAGGUAAUUGCAGAUCAUUAUGAAUAUGUGUUGGUGGAACCAAACCAUGUAUAAUAAUAUUAUUUGAAUUCCUGUUGUGAAGGCAAUGGAUCUGCAAUGCCCAUUUGUAAAUUCUGAUGAGCUAGCAAUUCUUCACCCUUUUGCUGCUGUGGGUGUGUAUAAAAGUCAUACUGUGCUGUUCCCGAGGUGUUGUGGACGUGCAUGCGUGCACCACUAGGAUUUUUUCUACAGUGCUACAGACAUCUGAAUGUGUCUUGAGCCAAUGACCUCUCACUGCUGCAGACAAGUUAUAAAAUAGUUUCGAGUAUUUAUCAUACAACAUAACAUAUGUGCCUUAUUGUGUGCUAUCGUGUGCAAAAUCUUGAAUCAUUUAUGAGAUAUGAUGAUUCUUAUGACCACAUGAUAUGGAACAACAUGAAUGAGUACAUUGUGCGUGACCGUCCUCUAGAUAUAACUCGAGAAUGCAAUGAGAGUCUUCUGUUGUCAAUUUUAAAUACAUUUCACUCAGUGUAAUGUAUGAGGUAAAAUCAAACACACUAUGUUUAUGCAAUGCAUUUCUAGCUGUGCAAAAUCUUUAAAA